AGUACGCAGGUAAGGGGCUGUGUAAUGUUACAUUUCAACAAUAAGAGAAUCAGGUCAGUCUGGUUCUCAGAUUGUCUGACAACUAUGGAAACUCCAGCCCCACCUACACCUCAUUACCUUUUACAUUCUGUUCCCUGUACCACACUGCUAAAAUCACCUGCUCUCUGCCUCUAACACAGAACUAUACUACACAGCACCUGGCAAUCUAAAGAUAUUGUAUGAGAGGAUAAGGUAUUUUGAAAGACUCUAAAAUGAACUUGAAGAAAAAGCCAGUUUUCCUGCUUGUUUCUAUUUUUUUCGUUGGCCAAAUUUUAUUUUGUUCUGGACAAGAAUUAGCUACAACUCAAACAUUAGACUCAACUAAGAGUCCGAUCAUUACACAGGAAAAACCCAUUAAUAGUACUGAAUCUGAAACUACUGUCUACACUUCAACUAUCAAACCAAGUUCUGCGGAAUUAGACAGUAUAGCUACAACAAGUACUCCUUCAGUCUCUAUAACUUCUAAUAAGAGUUUAGUAACUUCAAUCACUACGCAAAAUGUAACUACCACAACUGCUUUAAAUAAUGAGACCCUAACAACAAGUGCGAACAAUAACUCAACAGAAUCUGGCAAUACAAGCUCAGCUAUAACAACAUUAUUUACUCCUAAUGUAAAUAUUACUACUACAGCAGUUCUAUAUAAUUGGACACUCACUAUAAAUAAUUCCACAACAGAAUCUACAGAUAUCACCAAUAGCUCUUUUAUAACAACAACUGUAUCUACUUUAAACAUAACAAUCACUCCAAAUGUUACAACAACAACAGCUAUAAAUAACGAGACACUCACGACAAGUAUAAACGUUAACUUCACGGAAAAUACUAAUGGAACUCAAAGUGCUAUCACUACCACAGCGGUAUCAACUGAAACGUAUAUGACCUCAAACACCUCCCAAACCACUGAAAACAUUUCAAUGGAGACUACCAAAGCUCCAACAACCAUUACCCAAAAUGGUACGAAUAGCACAAUGGUGACCUACAGUGGGCCAACUGAAACAACUGAAAGUAACAUCUCCACAAAUCCAACAACAAACACCAGUGUCUCGGGAGAUUCCGGAAGUGCAAAAGAAUCAGAAAGCAAUUCAGGAGUGAUAUUAGGAGCAGUCAUUGGCUCAUUUUUGGGAGUUGCACUUGUUUGCGUUAUAGCGUUCCUCUGUUUUGGAGGGAAGAAAACAAGUUCUUUUUCACAUCGGAGACUUUACGAGGAUAUAAGGAAUGAACCAGUUCUACGAUUGGAUAAUCCAAGAGAUUCUUUUGAUGUGCGAUACGGAGAAUCCGCAUAUUACAAUCCAUCAGUCUUUGAAGAGACACCAUACCAUAAUGCCAGACGUGAAGAAAUACGAAUGGAAGACAUAAGGCCGAGUGGUCCUAUAGCGUAGACUUUUUUUUUUAUCACUGAAGUGUAUUUAGAAUUUUUUUUUAACGUCAAAAAAUAUUUCAUUUUGCACUAAGAAAAAAACACAAAAAAACAAGGAGAGUCCUCUGAACUCUAUCAGAUUCUGUCUACGUUUUAAGUUAGAAAAAAUGUUAAAUGUAAUUAAUUAUUUAUACCAAGAGUCACUUAUUUAUAUGGGCAUAUAGUUUGAGUAUUUAUUCCAAGCGAUUAUUUUGUGCUUCAUCGACUCAAUCAUCUUAUGCAAAUUAGACCAAAUAGUUGGCAUCGGUAAACGCCUACAGCUAUUUUUCCUGGAACUGUUAAUGCAAGUUUUUUGCCAAAUUUCUAAACUCUAAUGUAAACAGACUAUGGUGAUCAGUUGUUCUUUAUCAUACUGAUCAUACUGUUUACAAUCACUCAUUUACAAGGUCAAAUUAAAUUAUGGUGCAACAUGUGUGGUUUCCAAGCUGCAUCUGCCACAAACAAAUCGUGAUACAUGAAAGCACAAACAUAGAUUGUAUAAAGGCAUUUCAUAAUUACUCAAGCUAUGCACCAAGUGGAAAUAAGUGAACAAAUGGAUCCAUUUCUCUGGUGCGCCAAGCAUGUUCUUGCUUAUUGCUAGAUAUUUUGACUGUAUUCUGCCCAAUUAGGUGAAAGCUCCAAUGUUCAAAGAUUACUGUCUUGCAGGGAAAGAAAUAUAUAUACAUUUCCUGGAGCCUCCACAGUAUCCUAUUGAAAUGUCUUUACAGAUGAAUAUUUUGCAGUCCCAAUGUUGCAGCUAUUUAUUUUUUAUUUUAAAAAGGCAAAGGUUGGGAUUUAUAAAAAAAAAAUAUGGAGAUUUAUUUUCUAAAAUUAUAUUAGUUUCUUAAAUAUUGAAAAAAUAAGUGGAAAGUUUUAUUGUCCAUAAAGAAAUAGGUGCUGCCAUUUUGUAACCUUUUUUUUUUUCCCAAUUGCUUGGCUUAACUGCAAAGUAUGUAUGAUUUGUAGACGCAGCAUUUCAAAAGUAAAUCCUGAAUAACUAAACUAGAUAACAAAGCCCCUCAUUCAAUUAGAUAUUACAGAGUGGGGAUCUAAACUGGUUAGUGUUGGCUUCAAUAAUUAUGGCAUUCUAAGUAUUUAAACCAUAGCUGUUUGACUCUUACGUUGGAUUGGGUAAACAAAGGUAAUUUUUUGGUGGGGGAGGGAGAGGGCACAGAUCUACAGUGGGCAUAAUACACACUGCCAUGUUAAAGAAAAGAAUGGCCACCAAUAAAUCUAAUAAAAAAGGUGUUUGUGCAUGAAUACAGUUGAUUUCACUUAGCAAAAAUAAAAAUAUAUAUCAAAAUGUG